GUUUACGAAAAAUGACGGCUGAUUUAUAUACGUGUGCUUGUGGUUUAUGAUAUUUACGAGAAAAAGUAUUAGCUUAGUACAAAAUUUAAUUAUUACUAUAUAAACUAAGGUUCAGACUUUCUAAAUUAAGUGAAACCAAUUACAAGACGGUCUUUUCUCAUGUAUUAUUAAAAAAAUCUAGAACUGACGGCAACGUAGUAAUUCCACCAUGGAGGACGCUCACACGAAAUCCGUGGAUGAAGUCUUAGGAUAUUUUGGAACAGACCCAGACAAAGGCCUUAGUCCAGACCAAAUAAAAAGGAACCAAGAAAAAUAUGGGCCAAAUGAACUGCCUGCUGAGGAAGGCAAAAGUAUAUGGCAGUUAGUCCUGGAACAAUUUGAUGACCUCUUAGUCAAGAUUUUGUUGUUAGCCGCUAUUAUAUCAUUCGUUUUAGCUUUAUUUGAAGAACAUGAAGACGCUUUCUCUGCGUUUGUAGAACCCUUCGUUAUUUUACUAAUUCUUAUCGCUAACGCCGUAGUAGGAGUAUGGCAGGAAAGAAAUGCCGAAUCCGCCAUCGAAGCUUUAAAAGAAUACGAGCCUGAAAUGGGUAAAGUAAUAAGAGGAGAUAAAUCUGGCGUCCAAAAAAUCAGAGCGAAAGAAAUAGUUCCCGGCGACAUUGUGGAAGUGUCAGUCGGUGACAAGAUUCCCGCCGAUAUCCGCCUAAUCAAGAUUUACUCCACCACGAUCCGUAUUGAUCAGUCCAUCUUGACUGGUGAAUCCGUUUCCGUGAUCAAACAUACCGAUUCCAUUCCCGACCCCCGCGCUGUCAACCAGGACAAAAAGAAUAUUCUCUUCUCCGGUACAAACGUUGCCGCUGGCAAAGCUCGUGGUAUCGUCAUUGGCACCGGACUUAACACUGCCAUUGGUAAGAUCCGUACUGAAAUGUCCGAGACUGAAGAGAUCAAGACACCUCUGCAACAAAAACUCGAUGAGUUCGGUGAGCAGCUGUCUAAAGUAAUCUCUGUCAUUUGCGUUGCCGUAUGGGCCAUAAACAUUGGACACUUCAAUGACCCCGCCCACGGUGGAAGCUGGAUCAAGGGCGCCGUCUAUUAUUUCAAGAUCGCCGUCGCUCUGGCCGUCGCUGCCAUUCCCGAGGGUUUACCUGCUGUAAUUACCACUUGUCUCGCUUUGGGUACCAGACGUAUGGCCAAGAAAAACGCUAUUGUUAGGUCUCUGCCCUCAGUAGAAACCCUUGGUUGCACCUCCGUCAUUUGCUCAGAUAAGACCGGUACUUUGACAACUAACCAAAUGUCUGUUUCUCGUAUGUUCAUCUUCGAAAAGAUUGAAGGUGGAGACAGCAACUUCUUGGAGUUUGAAAUCACUGGUUCCACCUAUGAACCUAUUGGCGACGUUUACCUAAAGGGACAGAAGGUUAAAUCUUCCGAAUUUGACGCGCUUCACGAAUUGGGUACCAUUUGCGUUAUGUGCAACGACUCUGCUAUUGACUUCAACGAAUUCAAACAAGCUUUCGAGAAGGUCGGUGAAGCCACCGAAACUGCCCUCAUCGUUCUUGCUGAGAAAAUGAACCCCUUCAAUGUUUCUAAAACUGGUCUUGACCGCCGCUCUUCCGCCAUUGUUGUGCGCCAGGAGAUUGAGACAAAGUGGAAAAAAGAAUUCACCCUUGAGUUCUCCCGUGAUAGGAAGUCUAUGUCCACCUACUGCACACCCCUUAAACCUUCCCGCCUUGGAAAUGGCCCGAAAUUGUUCGUUAAGGGCGCACCUGAAGGUGUGUUGGAGCGUUGCAGCCACGCUCGCGUCGGUACAAGCAAGGUACCUCUUAACACUACUCUUAAGAACCGCAUUCUUGACCUGACCCGCCAAUAUGGUACUGGCCGCGACACAUUGCGUUGCUUGGCCCUGGCUACUGCUGACAACCCUAUGAAACCCGAUGAAAUGGACCUUGGUGACUCUAGCAAAUUCUACACAUAUGAAGUCAAUCUUACCUUCGUCGGCGUCGUGGGCAUGUUGGAUCCCCCCCGUAAAGAAGUAUUCGACUCAAUCGUCCGUUGCCGCGCUGCUGGCAUCCGCGUAAUUGUAAUUACUGGCGACAACAAGGCUACCGCCGAGGCUAUCUGCAGACGUAUUGGUGUCUUUACCGAAGAAGAGGACACAACUGGCAAAUCGUUCUCUGGUCGUGAAUUUGACGACCUGCCUGUAGGUGAACAGCGUGCCGCAUGUGCUAAGGCCCGUCUCUUCUCCCGUGUCGAACCUGCUCACAAGUCAAAGAUCGUCGAGUACCUUCAAAGCAUGGAUGAGAUCUCUGCUAUGACUGGUGACGGUGUGAAUGAUGCCCCUGCUCUCAAGAAGGCCGAAAUCGGUAUCGCUAUGGGCUCUGGUACCGCCGUGGCUAAGUCUGCCGCUGAAAUGGUUCUCGCUGACGACAACUUCUCAUCCAUUGUCGCUGCUGUUGAAGAAGGUCGUGCUAUCUACAACAACAUGAAGCAAUUCAUUCGCUACUUGAUCUCAUCCAACAUUGGUGAGGUGGUGUCCAUCUUCUUGACCGCCGCUCUGGGUCUCCCCGAGGCUCUUAUUCCUGUCCAACUUCUGUGGGUCAACUUGGUCACUGAUGGUCUGCCCGCCACCGCCCUCGGCUUCAACCCGCCCGAUCUUGACAUCAUGGACAAACCUCCCCGCAAGGCUGACGAAGGUCUCAUCUCCGGAUGGUUGUUCUUCAGGUAUAUGGCUAUCGGUGGAUACGUAGGCGCGGCGACAGUGGGAGCCGCCUCCUGGUGGUUCAUGUACUCUCCCUACGGCCCUCAGAUGUCGUACUGGCAGCUCACACACCACCUGCAGUGUCUUAGCGGAGGCGAUGAGUUCAAGGGCAUCGACUGCAAGAUCUUCACUGACCCUCACCCUAUGACCAUGGCCCUGUCCGUACUGGUCACCAUUGAGAUGUUGAAUGCCUUGAACAGCUUGUCUGAAAACCAGUCAAUGCUGGUCAUGCCACCUUGGUCCAACAUUUGGCUUGUCGGCUCCAUGGCCCUCUCAUUCACACUCCACUUUGUCAUUCUGUAUGUCGAGGUCCUCUCGGCCGUAUUCCAAGUGACACCGCUGUCUAUUGACGAAUGGGUAACUGUGAUGAAGUUCUCUAUCCCUGUGGUAUUGCUCGACGAGGUGCUCAAGUUCGUCGCGCGCAAGAUCUCCGACGGUGAGACGCGCUCUCUGCUAGACUGGCUCCACGGCAUGCAAUGGAUUGUGCUCAUGUGGGCCGUCUUCUUUGGCAUCAUCAUCUACGGACCCCUAUAAGCCGGCCCGCCCUGUGCCGUGCCACCACCCCGUUUGAUUCACACCUAAUACCCUCCAACCGAAUUGUGCGCUGCCUACAUAAUCUACACUCUGUAGUUAAACUAUUUUUCUGUUUAUUGUAAUGUAUUCCUCGCUCGGUUCAAUGUAGGUAGCGCAUUAAAUUCAACUGUGGAAAUAUAUGGACGAUGAGCUCAGCUCACCACAGUACAUCAAUCUAACAAACAGUUUUGGAAUGCUAAUCCUGCCGCACAGCGUGUGUGAAGUGACGCCCUCUAGUGCACGAGUGCACCCACCCGGUGUCGGACAGCGAGACGCCGCUAGUGACUGUGACGAACAGUGAUCCGUGAAUCCAGAUGCUCAUUGAACUAUGGCGGUGCUAACAUCUCAAAUGCGUUCCCUGCUACGGUCGCGCUCUACUGUGGCCGUUCUAUGAGAAGCGUACUUGCUACAGAUAUGUAGUGUUUUCUGUAUUUCUUAGGAAUAGAUCUAUACGAAACUAGGCCACGGCGACGCGCUCCGGGGCCUACUCGUGUGAUUUUGCAUUUUAUAUGUGCGAGACAAUAAUUGUUUGGAGCUCAUUUACAAAACCAAUUGUACUGAGGUUCAACAAUUUUAGUUUAUCUCAUACCUUUUUUUACUCUGUACUCUAUCUAUAUUUACUAGAAAUGAAGUGGCUGUGAGGAUCUUCAUUGUAAAUGCUAACAAGGAACACCAAAAAUUGGUUUAAAUCAUUUCUUUAAAAAGGUAUUGCUACCUAUAUUGUUUUAGUUUAGUUUUUUUUUUUUUUUUUUCUCCUUAUAACGAAUUUGUUAUAAUAAUACAAAUAAUUAGCUCUGGUUAGCAAAUUUAGUGUAUUGAACUCGCACACAGCUCAGUACCUUGUCCAAAUGGACGGCAGACAAUUAAACCUGAACUUUUCUAUGACUAAAGAUGUGCAUUGUUAGCUUAGAGUAAUUUAUUGUAAGUGUAUAGAUAGGGACGUGGUUAAGAUUAUUUUGCUCGACAAUUACUGAAAGGAAUAAUUCUCUUCUGUCCUUUCACCUGUGGUUGCUUUUUAACAUUCCUUGAUGCAUUUCUAUUUCUUUAACUGUGUAUUUGAAUUUGUCUGCAAAUAUCAUUUUGCUGCUAGUACCUACCUAACCUGACAUUAACAACAAAUAUAUUCUUUUGUGCUACAUUAACAAUGUUAUAAUUUGUAAUUACUCGCUGUACACAAAAUUAAUUCCACUUUGCGUACAUACAUAUUCAUUUAUAUGUGUAUAUGAACUCUAUAUUUAAAUGUUUACAACUGUGAAGAGUUAUUGCAAAUUAAUAGUGAAAUGAAGCAAUAUAGUUAAUGUAUGUACGAACAAUAAAUAUAUUCAAUGCAUUUUUCUAAACGAUUGUUAAAAGAAUUUAUGUUAAUUAAGUUUAUAAUUUUCGAAUUUUAAAACAUCGAAAUAUCAAUUAGCGACAUAAUACUACUUUUAAGUUUGAUAUUUAAUUAGAACUGAAUUAAAAUUUGUCCAUGUUUUAUUAUGGAUAUCUCCAAGUCCGUACGUACAUAAAUAAUUAAUUAUAAAUCAACUCUUGCAUGAAUAUUGUGCAUGCUUGCGAUUUGAGUGCAGUUUGGUGUGGUUUGAUGAUAUAUUUAUUUUUUAAUAUUUAAACUUGUAACUUGAAAAGUAAAAUACAGAGAUAAAAGAGACCUCCGUCAUCAGUUGCCAACACUCUACACUGCACAAUAAGGGCAUGCUCAAAUUUUCACUUGAUUGUCCCAAACUACCUACCUACCUUCAACUGUUAUGAUUAUGAAAUAACUUAUUUUAAUGUACAGUUGUUUAUACAUAUUUUACAUUAAUUAAAAAUGUCGAGAAUAA